CACGUGACGUCAUGACGCAUCGUUCCUAAACAAUCCUCAGGAAAAAGCCACGUUGACGACUCUGGACUGGAGUUCCGUCUUGAAUUCAGGCCAGAAUAAAGCGAGAAGGUUCAAGUGUAUGCUGUGAUUUGUCAUCGACAUACUUUAGAACCUCAAGUAUGUCGUCUCCACCGAAAGAAAAGAUCGAAACCAGGGGUGGACACCCUCCAGCAGUCAAGGCCGGAGGUAUGAGGAUAGUGCAGAAGCACCAGGCGACUCCUGUUCCGGAACCCCCACCAAAAGAUGACGAUGAAGAGCAGUAUGUGAGCAGUAGUCCACCCAAGGCCCCGGUGAUUGUGUCUGGAGUGGUUACCAAGGGCGAUAAGGACUUCACCCCGGCUGCUGCCCAGGUGGCGCACCAGAAGCCCCAGCCUGGCAUCCCCAAGCUGCCCCCCUCUCAGCACAUCAACCAGCACAUCCAUCAACCCCGCAAGUGAGCCGGGCGCUCGCUAUGCUGUGGCCAUGCUAACUCCACCAGUCGGCCUUCCCAAUUGAACACGGUUUCCUGCUCGGCACACGUCCUUUGAUUGACCGGUCGUAUUAUUAUUUUUAUUUUUUUCUUGUUUUUGUUAACUGUUGUGUGAUGUGGAAGUUGUCUGUAGCAGUGGCCUAAUACCAGUAUUGCCAUUGUUUCAAUCCAGUCCUUAUAAGUUGCCUGGCAUCGGUGCUGCGCUAAUUGUCUUGCACUUUUGUCUCCUGCAAGUUAAAUCUUUUUGAAAGUCUUAAUUGAUGUCGCUCACACGAAUCAAUACAAUAAUAGACCAGUGAACUAAUUCAUAAGAUGAAAGGCUUUGUACAUACAACACACCAAAAGACCCUAACAGCAAAUCAUAGAGGCCACGUGUUUCGGAUAAUAUAACAAAAAAGUCAAAACGCAAAAAAUAUUUUCAUAGCCAGACAGUUGCCACAUUGCACGACAGCCACAAAAAAGAAAAUGAGCGAGCGUUCUAACCAAUAAACAUUCCGGCAGUGCACCCACUAAUUGGUCGGGUUCUAAUUAAGGCAAGAUUCCUUUGAACUGAAUUAUUAGUGUCUUAAAAUAAUUGCGUAUCAACUGCUUAGUUAGCUGUGUCAACUGUUAACUAGAUCGCUUUUGCAUCCUCCUCAACUCUGCAGUGUUAUUCAUGGCAUCUGCACACGCAAACUGCUUCAAGCAAAGAUAAUCCAGCAGUGCCUGCAUACUUUUUUUCUUUUAUUUCAGCAGCUAAUGAAGCCAAAUCCUUUGUGAGUGUAUGUAUACCUGAUAUCAAAAGCAACAAGUAUGCAUGCUGGUUUUUUUUUGGUUUUUUUCCCCCCCCAUGUUGUUCAAGCUUUAGCAGACCAAGGCCUGGAUAGAGCACGCUAAACAAAGCCCUGCUGCCCCAAAAAAGCAGAUAUGUAAAUUGAAGAUUACAAAAGUAGGAUCUUAAUGAAAAAAAAGUACAUUCCAUCUUUUUGGUUGUGUGCUAGUGUUCAUUUUCGCACAAGAUUGGUGUGUUUCAAACAUAUCAGGACACCAUGCACUUACACGGAUUGGUCACAGCACUCAUGUUCAGGAAGUAAAAGAUGUCUACACUCUUUGCGAUGAAUCCGAAGUAAUUUCCUUUUGAAAUGAAGAAUUUCACUCUUGCUGUCUUUCACAUUUCUCUUUGAGUUACAUCUUCAAAUGUUUCAACUGGAGUUUGGUAUUGGUUGUGCUUGUCAUAGUAAAUAAAGAUACAGAGAAUCU